UUACGUGCUCGCAUGUAAAUCGGAGACUUCGAUCAAGGUACCGUCCCCUUCAAUCGCGUAACUGAAAGUGAACAAUGUCCAUUCACAAAACGCUAAGUAGAUCAUCAAAAACCGCAACAUUCAUCUCGGCGGAAACACCCCACUCGAGACAAAACAUAAAAUUUCGACCACCGAGUGACAGAUUUUUAAUGGCCAUUCAAUCGUAAGGUUGUCGUGAGAAAUCAACUAUCGACGCAUCGCGAUUUAAUCAAACCACUGCAUGUUUGUUGAUUUAAGUUUGGAAAAUCCGUAGAUUCUGUUUACGAUAUAAAUGUAAUCAUUUAAGCCUUAAGCAAUUUGUUUAUGUACAUUGUAAUUAUAGAGGUUUUAAGACCUCCACAGGCUUGUUAUAAAAAGACAAGUUAGUAUAUUUUGUGGUUAAUUAGUAGGGCUGUGAGUAUUGAAUUGUUAACAUGUGUGAAGCCAGGAGGUCAGAAAGUUGUGAUAGUGAGAAGAAAUAUGAUUUGGUGCCACCAGAAGGCGGCUGGGGCUAUGCAAUUUGUAUUGGGCUUUCUGUUAUAUUUAUAGCUGGUACAGCUCAUCAGCCAGUGUUCGGGUUCAUAUACAAUGAUUUUUUAGACGACUUAGGCGUUGGAACCGGAGCUGUCACUGUGGUAUAUGGAGUGUUUCAAGUUACACUCGCUAUAGCUGGGUUUUCAGCUAAUAUAGCGCUUAAAAAAUUAUCAUUAAGACAAGUUGGACUGAUUGGAGCAUUUAUAUACACUUUAGCAUCAUUCCUAGCAAUAUUUGUGGUUUCCACAACUCAAUUAAUUAUAACAAAUGGAUUCCUUCAAGGUCUUGGCAUGGGCCUGCUCAUACCGGUAGCAUAUACUAGCUUUAACAGUUACUUUACAAGGAAAAAAGUUCUGUAUUUAAGUCUCUGCAAGGCUUCAAUUGGAUUUAUAACAAUGUUGUAUCCACUAUUUAUGAAAAUGACUAUAACGGAAUAUGGAUUUCGAGGCACGUUAGCCAUAUUAUGCGCGAUAUCGGCGCACAGUAUUUUAGGAGCUUUAGUGAUGCAACCGGUACAAUGGCAUAUGGUUAAACAGACUAAGUCUUGUGAACAAAUUGUUUUGAUUCCACCAACGCCUGCCAUCGAAAACGACAAAGACUUUGACUUCACAAAAAAUGUUAAUGAGAGCGAAGAUAGCAGAUCAGUUGAGAAUUUAUACAUAAAACGAGACUUAGAAGACAAAGGAUCGGGUCUCCUUUUUAUCCCAAAAUUAACCAACUCAAGGAGAUUAAGCAUUCCAGUUGUUUUGAUACCUACAGAUUGCAAGACUGAUUCCAAAUUUAAAUCUAGUGACAAUGUAUAUUUAGAGAACUUAUAUAAAGCUGCGUCGGUAUCGAGUCUAGGCAAUUUUGGUAAUCUAGUGGAACCUAUGCCUAUUAUUAAAAACAAGGAGGGAAAAUGGCAGACAGUUGCUGAAUUUCUAGAUCUGACACUUCUCAAAGAUCUUAUAUUUGAUAACAUUGUAUUUGGAAUGGCACUCGCAUUCUUUGCUGACUUAACAUUUUUUACAUUAGAACCACUUUUUUUGGAUAAAAACAGUCUGUCUAAGACAGAAAUAGCAAAUAUUAUUGCAGUGGGAGGUGCUACUGAUAUGAUGGCCAGGUUGCUCCUCGGGGUAUCAGGACAAUUCUUUAGAAUGAAUAGUCGAUAUAUGUUCUAUUCUGGUGCUUUAUUCUCAGCUUUAUUUAGGCUAGUUCUAGUCAACUAUACAACAUAUACUCCGCUGUUAAUAUUAACUGGAAUAUUGGGUGCACUGCGGUCACUGGUUCACAUAGCUCAACCAAUAGUUAUGGCAGAGCACGUCCCCAUCGAGCGGUAUCCUCCGGCAUAUGGACUAUACAUGUUACUGGCUGGAGGUAUCAGCUUGAGCGUCGGACCAAUGAUUGGUUUUAUCCGAGAUUAUACCGGGAGCUAUCGAGUUGCCUUCAUUAUGUUAGCGAUAUGCAACUUUUGCUGUGUCGUGCCAUGGACUGUUGAAGGUGUGAUGCGGUUUUUGAAGAGAAGAAAAACAUUACAAGCGACUAAUCGGUAGUACGUCUGAACUCUAUCUAGAACUUUUUGUUGUUCCUACGUGUUAUGUUACGUAUUGAGGGAUACGUUUACUACUGGGAGAUUUAGGUUCUAAAUCAUUACUGGAACAUUAGUAGUACAAUUAUUAUGAUAAGUUCAAUUAUCAGUACCACACACAAGCUGCGAUUUAUAGAUGUAAAUUACUAUUUUAAUUUCGACCAUGCACUUGUAAGAUCGUGUUUGGCUUUUAAUAGAGGAUUCAUUGAUCUUCAUCAUAUGCUGAUAUACUAUAUUGUCUCAAUACUGAAUUCCCUAGCUAAUUGAUGACAAAUUAUUGUAUUAAUAUGACAUCAGUUACUGGCGAACUGUAAAUAUAAUCCUUAUAGAAUGCAUGCGCCUGAUAAAUAUUAUGUUUUAAAAAGUGAGAAAACGUAAUAUUGCUCUUCAUAAUGAAUAAAAAAUCACAUGUAAGUACUUAAAAUCCCGUGUAAUAAUAUAAAUUAAAGGUAACCAAAAGAAUUCUAUUUUUUACAAAAGGUAUAAAUAUUAGGAUAAUUUAUAAAAUUUAAACAUCGAUUAAUGAUUGUAUGGUCAUUACGAUGCUGUAUUUUUAUUAUUGAGAUAUUAAAAUUAACCAACAGUUAAUUUUUAAAAUUGGCAAACAUUGUAAAUAAUCCGAAAAUUACAUAUUACGCCACUUGUAGAAUCUUAUAUAAAAUGCAUUUACAAUUUGUUAUCUCGCAUAACUCUCAUGUUUGCCUUUGUUCGUUUACUCUUUUAUAAUUUAUUGUCUAUUUUUAUAAUUUAUAUUUAUGCCACUCGUAACAAAAUAACUAGAAAUAAACAUUGGAAACUUAAUAUACAUAAAGGAUUAAAAUAAUGUUUAGAUUUCCUAUUAUGUAAUGAGUUUAUUUUUGUACAACAUUGCCAAAAAUCAAUGGACGCGUAUAAUAUGUGUAUACACUACUGAACAACGUACGCGUAAUAUAUAUAUAUAUAUAUAUAUAUAUAUAUAUAUACAAAACGGAACACUUGCUAUUAAUAUGAUAACCAAAUUAAAAUAUCUUACUUUCACGUUAUGUACUUUUGCGAUGUUCUAAUAUUUUAAUCAAGAAUACGACUUAAAAAACGCUACAUUUACCUAUGGAACUUAAUAUAUGAAUAAUUCAUUUUAAAUAAAAAUUCUUUUAAUACCACUUAGUAUGUAUAAUUCAGUAAUUUAUAUAA